AUGGCAGCGCCGAGCAACGCAGAGCAAACGCAGUUGCAGGACAUGGAGGAGGAAGAAGCUGCAGGGAUGGAGCGGAGAGAGAUGGAGUCGGACGAGGAGGAGGACGACGAGGAGCAGGAGGAGCAGGAGGAGGAAGGUAUGGGAGAAGACGAUUCAGACGACGAAGAGGACGACUCCUCCGAGGACGAGAAGGAGAACGAAGCCGAGAUCCAGCGUCUGGAGGAGCAGCUGUCAAUCAACGCUUUCGACUACAACUGCCAUGUGGAUCUCAUCAAGCUGCUGCGGCAGGAGGGAGAACUGAUCCGACUGCGAAAGGCAAGGCAGAAGAUGAGUGAACUCUUCCCUCUCACUGAAGAGAUCUGGCUGGAUUGGCUCAAGGAUGAGAUCCGUCUGACUGAGACUGAGGAGGAGUCGAACCGGGAAACGGUGUAUGAACUUUUCGAGAGAUCAACAAAAGACUAUAUCUGUCCAGAUAUCUGGCUUGAAUAUGCUCAGUAUUCAAUUGGUGGCAUGGGCUCACCCGGGGGGAUAGACAAGGUGAGAUCCAUCUUUGAGCGAGCGGUGACGGCUGUGGGGCUUCACAUGAACAAGGGACAGACGGUGUGGGAGGCGUACAGAGAGUUUGAGAACGCCAUUCUGUCCACAGUGCAGCCUCCCCCUGGCCGGAUUCCCAGCCACGAGGAGCAGGAGCUGCUCAACGCUCAGCUGGAGCGAAUCCAUACACUGUUUCGCCGUCAGCUAGCCGUCCCCUUAAUGGACAUGGAAGCCACCUAUGCAGAGUAUGGCGAGUGGUCUGAACUCGGGGUUCCUGAGACGGCCAUGCAUCAGUACAAAAAGGCCAUGCUGCAGAUGGAUAAGCGCAGAUCUUUUGAGGAGUCACUGCUUGUAGCAGAGCCCCCGAAGAUGACAGAGUAUCAGACCUACAUCGACUUUGAACUAAAAGAUGGCGACCCAGCUCGCGUCCAGAUAACGUUUGAGCGGACUCUGACAGAGAACUGCCUGGUGCCAGACAUCUGGGCAAAAUACACCUUGUAUCUUGAUCGUCAGCUGAAGAUCAAGGACUUGGUUCUUCCUAUUCAUGAACGUGCUGUCAGGAACUGCCCCUGGACCAUGGGUCUGUGGAAGAGCUACCUGCUCGCUCUGGAGAGGCAUGGAGCAGAGCAUCAGAUUGUCUCAGAUGUUUUUGAGAAGGCGCUGACUGCCGGUUUCAUUCAAGCUACAGAUUAUGUGGACAUUUGGCAGGCGUACCUGGACUACCUGCGGAGACGUGUGGAUUUCAGUAAAGAAUCAAGUAAAGAGUUAGAGGAACUGCGAGGAGCCUUCUCUCGAUCUCUAGACUACAUAAAACAAGAUGUGGAAGAAAGAUUUGGUGAAAGUGGAGAUCCAUCUUGUAUCAUUAUGCAGAUCUGGGCGAGGAUAGAGGCCCUCCACUGCAAGAACAUGCAAAAAGCCAGAGAACUGUGGGACAGCAUCAUGACAAAAGGAAACGCUAAAUAUGCCAAUAUGUGGCUGGAGUACUAUAACCUCGAAAGGUCUUAUGGUGACCCAGCUCACUGUCGGAAAGCUCUUCACAGAGCAGUUCAAUGCACCACCGACUACCCAGAGCAUGUGUGUGAAGUCCUGCUCACCUUCGAGCGAGUGGAGGGUUCUCUGGAGGGCUGGGACGUGGCCGUGCAGAAGACAGAGACCCGGCUGAACAGGAUCAAUGAGCAACGAGCAAAGGCGGCUGAGAAAGAAGCCAACUCUGCUCGCCAAGAGGACGACAAAGGGGAUCAGCGGCGGAAAUCAAAGACCGAUAAGAAGCCUCAGAAGAAGGUGCCGAACAGAACUCGAUUUGGAGAGAAGAGGAAAGCAGAAAAUAAUGAUUAUCAGGGCAAGUGGAAUGAAGACUCUGCUCCUAAAAGGCACAGAGGCAACGGGGAGCAAAGCAGAGAGGAGCGCAUGGAGACCGAGACAGGACUCCAUGGGAGAAACGCACCCCCCGGGUAUAAGCCGGCUAAAAAAGGCCAGCAGGGAGCCCCGGCUGCUGCUCAGAAGCCCAACGAUGACAAGCCAGAGCUCCGAAACGAUAACAGCAGCGUGUUCAUCAGCAACAUGGCGUACACCCUGGAGGAGCCGGAGUCGAAGCUCAGGAUGCUGUUUGAGACGUGCGGUCCCAUCAAAGAGGUUCGCCCUGUCUUCGGCCCCAAAGGAAACUUCAAAGGUUACUGCUACGUACAGUUUGAGUCCCCGGUGUCCGUCGCUGAAGCCUUGAAGCUGGACAGACGGGAGGUGGAGGGCAGGCCCAUGUUUGUGUCCCCUUGUGUGGAUAAAAACAAAAACCCUGACUUUAAGGUGUUUAAAUACAACACAACCUUGGAGAGACACAAAAUCUUUAUCUCGGGGCUGCCGUUCUCCUGCACCAAGGAUCAACUGGAGGAGCUCUGCAAAGGCCACGGCACCAUCAGGGAGGUCCGAUUGGUCACAUAUCGCUCAGGAAAACCCAAGGGUCUGGCAUAUGUAGAGUUUGCAGAUGAAACACAAGCGUCUCAGGCUGUGCUUAAAUUAGACGGCACUGAAGUGGAGGGCAACAAAAUCGCUGUUGCUAUAAGUAACCCUCCUCGGAGAAGCAUGGCCGACUUACCUGGUUCCAGUCGACUUAUGGCGGACAUAAUGCCUCGCCAUGCUUUUGGAGCGAGAGGAAGAGGCCGCACCCAGCUGUCACUGCUCCCUCGCUCCCUGCACCGACAAAGUGGGCCCGCCAGCAAAGUGGAGAACGGGUCCGCAGCCGAGCUGGAGCCAGGACCUGGCGGCGCAUCAGCGAACGCAGCCGCGGAGACAAAACCUUUGUCGAAUUCAGACUUUGCCAGGAUGCUUCUCAAUAAGUGAGAAGACGAGCGGGAGAAUCACACUGAAAAACCUUCUUGUGUCCUUACAAACUAGUGUCCGUGAUUCUUCUGUAGUUGGUUUCCUUAUUUCCCUUUGAUCCCAGUUCCGUUCCCAUAGCCGCUACUGCGAGACGGCCUGAAUCGCCACACUCUCCCCUUCCAUCUUAAAUCCUGUGACAGAUCGUUUUUGUUGGGUGUGUUUAAAGAUGGCUGACAGGCAAUUUUAUAAAAACAAGUGUAUCAUAUUUGUGUGUAAAUAUACUGUAACUAUUGUAAGUUGUAUGUUGCCAGGUGUCUUUCUUUUGUUGUAACGUGAAGGGGAUUUGACCGAGGCAGAGUAUUUUUUUAAAUAUUCAGAACAGACAAACUUGUGAAUGUUGUUUAAGAAAAAAAAAAAAAGAUAAAGAAAAAAAGGCUGACAUGCAAAAGUGUAAUAUAGUUGGGGUGUGUGAGUGUAAAUAAGGUGAGUGUGUAACAGUGAUGAGACAUAUUCUCCAGCUGUGUUUAGGGAACCUAGGACAUAAGUGGUGUAGCUUAUUUUGACCUCUGAAGACUGAUAACAAGGUUAGCAGAGAUUUCUGACUAUAUUAAGACUAAAUCACAUUUUCCUCAUAUUACGAUCUGAGUUAUGAUGCUAUGGAGCCCUGCUGGAGGGGCCAGCAAAUUGUUCGUUUUUUUUGUCUGAGGCCAUGUGAUUAAACCAGGAGAACUGGCCUCAUGUCGUAUCGCUCGGCUCAUGCUUGAUAACAAGUUAAGAGUAUAUCUAGAUAUAGUUUAUCUGUUCUAAUACUUUCAUCUGUGAAAAUGUGGCCCGUGUUCAGGAAAAAACAUCUAUCACCACAUAACCUUUAUCAGUCCGCUGUGAAAUGAAAGUGAUUCAGAUAGAAACAAACCAUCUUCUGUCCAUCUUUGUGAAAGAGUGUACACGUAGGCGGAGUGUUGUUGAUGCUGCCGGAAUCUGUUUCAUCCCAGACUGAUGUGGCUGUGCUUUCAAAUGUGUCCACUGGUUUUAAUCUUCAGCCUCACCCAGGAGUGAAACAGCUGCAAACAUUAGUUGAAUCAACAGAGAAUCAUUUAACAUCUCAAAUGUGAGAUUUGUAAGGUUUUCCUUUUCUUACAUUAUCGUGGAAUUAAUGUAUUGAGGAUUGAGUGUUUCAGUUUCCCUAAGUUAUACAGAACAAACAUUUUACGAUUAAUCUGCAACAUCAAUGAUAUAAGAGAAAUCAUAAGUUAGUUGUAAGUACAUGUGGACAGUAGUAGUGCAGUUUAAUGAAUGUGGUUUGGACCUGGUGUUCUUUGUGUGUUCUGUAGAGUAGACUUUCACCCUCUGAAUGAACCUGGUUGUUAAAUGAGCCACUUCACUUCCUAUUUCCUUCUUGAGGCUGAAGAGUUUUUCUUAGAGUUCAACCAUUUGUCCUCACGUUUCUUCUUCGGAUUAAUACUAACGGUGUACGUUAUGGUCCGUAUGCUCAUCUCAAAAAGAUCUCUGUAGUUUGUAAUAAAUAGAAAUCUACGUUUUAACAACUGAUGGAAUACAAGCUAUACGUAUUGCUUUCACCAAAGUGGCCUGAUAUUAAAAAAAAUUGAAAUAUGUUCAUCUCUAUAAGUCACUAUCCACCUUCACAAAGGUGGUUUACGUGCAUUGUGUUGUAUAAUUUCUAUCUGUUUUAAAUUUGGUAUAAAGGUGAAAACAGUAAAUAGCUUUUUUUCUGCUUGUUUUGUUCUUUAGCCGUUUUUACUCAUUUUUUCCUUGGGUCCUGUAAAAAAAAAAAACAUGUUUUUUCUCUCGUCUAAAACUUGUUUUAAUAAAGUCAUGUAAAUCAUCUUUGAUCCCA